AUGGGCUCCGUAUACAAACCCGUCAGCAUCACUCAGCGUAUAACUUCAUCUCCUCUCUACAUCACCGUCUACAUCUUACUGGUGCUGCUGGGGAACGUGGGUAAUGCCAUCGUCAUCGGUGUGGUCGGGGAAAGCAUUCUUCGGGAUCCUGGAGUCGUCCGAUCGUCUGACAUGAUUCUGGUCAACAUGGCUCUAUCCAACCUGAUGGUGUCCUUGGUGAGAAACACUGUUGUGAUGGUGUCUGACCUGGUUAUUGAGAUUUUCCUCAACAGAGACUUGUGUCAUUUCAUGAUGGGCCUCUGGGUUUGGUUGCGCUCUGCAAACGUUUGGUCAACGUUCUUUCUCAGUGCGUUUCACUUUCAAACUCUGCGUCGAGUCGCCCCACCUGUGGUGAAACUGCACGGACCGCGUGGACCUCCGUCAUCUCUCAUCCUGGGCUUCAUCUUCAUCUGGAGUCUCAAUUUCAUUUAUGCCAUUCCAGCCUUUAUCUUCUCGAAGAACGGGGGACAAAACUCCACUGAGACGUUGAUGUUGGUAAGCAGCACGACUCGCCCGUUGAUGGGCUGCAUCUGGGAUUUUCCGACAGCUUACAGCGGCUUGGCUUUUGCCACCUCCUCCAUGGUGAUGCACGAGGGCAUUCCCAUCUUCCUGAUGAACUUCACUAACCUCGGCUCUCUGCUGACUCUGUUCGCUCACGGACGCGCACGGAACUCUGACAAGACUCAAGAUGCACCGGUCAUAAGCCGAAUCCCUGCUGAGAGACGGGCGGCUAAGGUGAUUCUGGCACUCAAUAUUCUCUUCAUCGCCUCAUGGGGCACCAACAUCAUCUCUGUCAACUACUUCAACUAUAACCGCGGAUCAUCCACGGAGUUUCUGCUUAUCGUGGCUCGCUUUGCUAACAUGAGCUUCAUCGCGCUGUCGCCCAUUGUCCUCGCCGUGGGACACCGGAGACUCCGAGCGUUCAUAAAGUCUCUCCUCUUCUGGACAGAGAAACUUCACGGAUAG